ACUGGGAGGAAGGGACACCCAGACAGUGCUGGAGGCGGUGGAGAUGGCCAAGUUUCUUUCCCAGGACCAAAUUAAUGAGUACAAGGAAUGCUUCUCGCUGUAUGACAAGCAGCAGCGUGGCAAGAUCCACGCCAACGACCUCCUGCUGGUGAUGAGAUGUCUGGGCGCCAGCCCCACGCCCAGGGAGGCGCAGCGGCACCUGCAGACACAUGGCAUAGACAAGCAAGGAGAGCUGGAUUUCUCCACCUUCCUCACCAUCAUGCAUGCACAGAUGAAGCAAGAGGACCCUAAGAAGGAGAUUCUGCUGGCCCUGCUGAUGGCUGACAAAGAGAAGAAAGGAUACAUCAUGGCGUCCGAACUGCGGUCCAAGCUCACAAAACUGGGGGAGAAGCUCACCCACAAAGAAGUGGAUGAUCUUUUCCGGGAAGCAAAUAUUGAACCAAACGGCCGAGUGAAGUACGAAGAGUUUAUCCAUAAGAUCACCAUUCCCGUGCAGGACUACUGAGCACAUCACUGAGGUUGGAAGAGUCUUUAAAGAGUGUCCCAGAACUCUGGGGAGGCAGCAGGCCUGCAACCAGCUGAUGCCUGAUCAAUGAAAAUAAAGGAUUGAGGCCUCUCGUCAA